AUGAAGCCAUUCGGAGGACAAAAUUUAACACAAAGAGAAAAAAAAAAUAAUUACCGGUUGUCUCGUGCUAGACGUAUUGUUGAAAACGCUUUCGGGAUAUUAGUUAGUAGAUUUCAAAUAUUCGGAAAACCACUACCUUAUUGCCCAAACACUGUUGAUAACAUUGUAAAAGCUUGUUGUGCUUUACACAACUGGCUCAGAAUCAUCAAAAGUUCGAUAUUAGAACAUACAAUGGACUUUGAAGACACUGAGAACGAACAUUUUGUAGAAGGGAGCUGGAGACAGUUACCUUCAGACGGACUUGUGCCAAUACCUAGACACAUGUACAACCAUUCGUCGCAAAACGCACGUCAGAUCAGAGAAAAGUUUGCAGACUAUUUUAUGGGCGAAGGAUCUGUCUCCUGGCAAGCACGAAUGAUACAUUAA